UCCUCCUACACGCGAGGGGAAAAAAAGGCAGAGGGAGGCAGGCAGCAGGCACCUCGGGGAGCUCGAUGAGCCGCGGUGCUCCCUUCCCUGAGCUAGGUUUCUAUUGUAGGCGGUGCAUUCCUCGGGAGGGAGGGUGUGCGUGUGUCGGUGCCUUCCCACACUCGGGGCAGCUCUUAUUUAAUGGGGGUCUCCAUGCAGGGCAGAAGCCAGAGGAGAUUUUGCCGUUGCCAGCUCCCAGCCAGGCUCAGCGGCAGCUCACACGUCAAGCGCCGGCAUGGACCGCGGGGCUGAGAUAACCCUGGAGGAGGAGGCUCCAGUGAUCGGCCAAGCCUCCAGGAUGCACCUCAAGGAGGACUUGAGGAGGAUACGAUGCGCCGUGCUGCUGUGCCUGCUGGCUGUGCUGCUGCUGGCAUUGCCCACCGCCUACCUGCUGGUUGGAAACCUGCGAGCCCCCACCUCCUGCUCUGGCCAGGUCGCAGACGAGCGGGGCUCUCACUUUCUGAAGCAGCGGGCAGUAGCCACUGUUACAGAUACAAUUCCCAGUGCAGAGAAGCCAAGAGCGCACCUGACAGUGAAGAAACAAGAUUUUGCCAGCACCGUGGGAAACCACCUGCCAAUCCUGCAGUGGGAAGACAAGCGAGGCUUGGCCUUUACCAAGAACAACCUGAGCUAUUUCAGCAACUCACUGGUGAUACCUGUGUCUGGGGACUACUAUGUCUAUGCUCAGGUCACUUUCCGAGGGCACGUUGAAAGUUCAGGGAAAGCAAAUUCUGUCACGGCCAUCAUCACCAAAGUCACUGACAGCUACCCCGAGCCCACCCAGCUGCUGACCAGCACCAAGACCCUCCGUGAAGAAGGGAACAGCUGGUUCCAGCCCAUUUAUCUGGGAGCUGUGGUCUCCUUAGAAGUAGGAGACAAGCUGAUGGUCAACGUUAGCGACAUUAAGCUGGUGGAUUACACUAAGGAGCACAAAACCUUCUUCGGUGCCUUUUUACUGUAGGUCUCUGGCAGCAGCUGGUGGGGGUUGACAUGGCCCUGCAGGACUCUGGUUUGGUGAGGGCACGUCGGGGUGCUGGUCUCUGUGCUGUUCUCCUUUUGUACUGUCACUCACCUGCAGCACUCUCUGCAGCCUUAAAUUAUGGGGUAGGGAAAGCUGAAGCCACAGGCUGAAUUGAAACAAAGCAAAAAACUCCAGAAAAAAUGCAAGUCAGGCUAGAGGAAAAUAGAAGGUUUUGAAAGCAAAAGCUAAGAGCUCUUCAAAACUUUGAUUGCUUGGGAGGGACCUGUUAUAUGUGUGGGACAGGCCUAUUUAUCCUGAAUACUACAGCUAGGCUGCAUCACUAACUCCUCUUCUAAUAUAUAAUUUCCUCAUCUCAAAAAAAAAAAAAAAAAAGCACUUUAAACUUUCCCGGGCACUUCCAGUAUAGUUUUCCAUUACCUCACUUUAGACUCUCAGCUCUAAAAGGUAAUUAUUUUUUAUCAUUUCCUUACAAAUAGAUUUGAUCAGUACUUUGCACUAAUAUAAAACCCACAGUAAUCAUUAACUGCUUAAUUAAUCCCUUCCAACUUCCCUGUAAAGUAGAUUAAAAUUAUAUCGCGUUUUGCAGAAGCUACCUGAUUAUUUUUUUUUCCAGUAAAUUGUUUACAGUUAUGUAAGUCAAUAUGUAGGUUUAGGCCUUUAUGUAAAACUUCUAGGGAAAACGCAGAAAUGCUUUCUGUUUCAGCAUGACAGUGGAAUCCCCCUGUCAGAUCCUAACAUUAGGAAAACAGAAAAAAAAAAAAAACAAAGCAGAGGCACGCAACAAAAUUUUCUGCACUAUUGAAAAUCAACCACUGAAAUUUCAAGAGAAACAUUCUGCAAUAGCUGGUUUUCCUAUCCGUUUAAUUGAAAGCAAGUGCAACUAAAAAAAAAAAUCACUGCUUUGGUGCUCUCCCCCUUGCAACCACUGCUACAGCAGUCUGCAAAACUCAAAGGACUCCCCAGCCUUUGCCUGGGCGAGGGCUGCCAACCAGCUGCCCAUACAAAAGGUUCUCGGAUCUAAAGACAAGGUCAUGGUGUGCCACAGCCAGGUGCAGAGCUCAGGAGCACUCACUUCCCAUCUCACACUUACUGUUUUUCAUGGGCCUUGCUGUCUCUCAGGGAAAUUCCGCAGCUUUCCUUCUCCUCCCACAAUAAAUACAUCACUGACAAUGACUCAGGUCAUAUUCCAGUAGAUGCAGGCUUCACACUCUUACCUGCCCGGAGGUCUCACACCUAAGCACCUACCAUGCAGCUGUUCUGCAGGGGCUGGCCAGUGGCCAGGCUUUGCUCACUGCAGCUCUAUUUUUUUUUAUUUUUUUUUUUUCUCCUUACCUCAUCAGGCUCCCUCUGUUUUCUACUUCUUGGGCGGAAGUGAGAGCAAGGCGUGAUUCCCUAGCUAUUGUUUCCACCCAAAGCCAUGGCGGGGCCCAAAAGCACGCUGUUAGUGCCACACAGGCACCAAGGCCAGGGGACCCACAGGACGUGGGACAGGGGCUUGCAGCUGAACAGCUUGAGUGGGCAGAGGAGCUCUCUGGCAGAGACUGCCCAGCUACAAAAGACCACGUGUGACAUUGCAGCCUGACCAGCCGUGGGCUGCUUUGGCCACAGCAAGCCUCUUCCAAGCAGAGACGAUUUAUUGCUAUAUAAAGAUCUGUUUGAGAUGAGAAGGCAAAACACAACUGAAGCACAGAGAAGGGCCAAGCAGAUUAGGGUACAAAGGGAAGAGAGAGGCAGCGAGGUGAGAAAUCCAACCAAUACCUGGGUCUCUACCUCUUCAUGGCCUGGGUAUAAGCACUUCUGGGCUAACAACACGACUAUGCUUCUUAAUCCUGGCAGAUCUUUUAUCUAGUUAAAUUAUCUCAGAAAAGCAAGCUUUUUGACCAUCCUUCCCUAUUCUGCAGUGCCUUGGUCCCAUAGUAGGUUCUCAGUCACCCUUCACUGUUUUAUCUACACUGAGGCAGUAUUAAGCACAGUACUGAAAUACACAGUAUUAAAAGCUAGGAUGUUGGCAUCUUGCCUUGCUCUUCUUUCCUCAGCAGAUGUCUUUCUUGCUUCCUGCUCCUCAAGCCUAGGCAUCAGAUGUUGGUCCACUCUGCAGUAUAGCCCACCUAGGACACCUUGACAUUGCUGCUGCAUCAAAACUUCCUUAGAGUUCAGCUUCUCAUCCUUUCUUUGACUUGUCAAAGUCUUCACUUUCCCCACACCCACAUCCCAGCUGUCCUCUUGAUCCGUGUCUCCCUCAGGCACCUUCCUUCUUUCUUGGCCCUCUCCAUUAAGUAUAAAUACACCCCUUUGCCCAAAUCUAAAUUUCUACACGCUUCUCUCUUAUAAUCAUGUCAGAAAACUGCUAUUUGAAAAUAGAUCAAGACAUCAGAAAGUGAAGGUGGUGUACCUGCUAGUAGCUGCAAAUGCUCUUGGCCAAAAUAUCCUGUAAUUCUUUUAUUAGCUAGAUUCACUUCCAUUUUUAAACCCUUAUUGCUAUGUUUCCUUCAUCUGUUCAGUUUCUUAUGCUAAAACUACCUCUUGGAGACAAGAGGAGUUACUCCAUAUGUAUCUACUCAGCACCUAGCAUGCAACCUAGUUGUUAUUUCUCAGAAAGGGCAACUCAUCAUUCACCACCUUGGCAGGGCUGUUCCUACUGCUCAGAAAUCCCAUUUUUUCCCUUCGUACCAUCAAAAAAUGUGGUGAGAUCACAAGUUCAGGAAAAGGAUGUUCUUAGGGAAACCCUAAGACUUGCCAUUUCUUAGAUUUUCUCAAACAUUCUCUCAGUACCCCACACCAAGUCCUUCUGAGCUGCUGAUCCCUUCGUUGUGUGCCCAAAAUAUGAUCCAAAUUCAUGAAAACAUGAUAUUUGCAGGUCUUGCAGACCACCAUAUGGAGGCACUUAAUGUGACUAGCAUAGCAAAGAACAUGGCAUAUGUCAUAAAGAGGAGACUUAAGCAACCUCUCCAGGACAGGUGAUUCUCAGCAACUACGUGGGAAAGCUUUUAUGAAGUUAUAGAGGAUGAAUUUGAUGUAUCCUUGGAGAAAAUUGGAAUGCAAAUUCUAGCUGUACUAAGUUACAGAAAUUCAGAAAGCUCUUUACUUCUACAAGUGAGAUAACGUAGCAUUCUUCUGAGGCCAUAGGGCAAUCCUGAUAGGUUUGUAGAGCAGAUUUCCAUAAAAACUGAAUCUGAAGUCAUCAUCACUUAAUGACUGUUGCACUGAAUAUGAUAAAUAUGAGUUCCAGAGGACAGGAUUGUGCAUGCAGUAUUUAAUAUAUAACAAAAGAAACUUCUAGGGAAUACAUACAGAUAUAGCCAUGCUUGUGUGUUAAUGCAUAUUCCGUACAAGUUUUAGGAAGUGCUUUGGCAAUAACGAGCCCUUUCUCUAACAAAGUACAUCAUUUUUGUCCACUGUACACUGAUGAUAAUUUUCUCAAGCAAAAACUUACCUGCUGUUCUAACAAUGCAGAUAUGACUCUUGUUCCAUUAGCCAUACCACAAAAAUAUUUAUUUUAGUCCAUAGCAAGCUCUCCUACCCCAUUAUUUACACCAGCUUCUAGCACGUUUAGCACAGUAGCACACUUUGUAUAUAUCAUAAAGUAAUUUAUCUGGCAUUACUUGUUUUAAAGUGGUGCAGGCAUAUUAACAUGCACACAUCUACCCCAGUGGAAAUUCCCCCUUUCUCCCCUUCACUUCUCUUCCCUCACAUACAGUGCUAAUGCUUCUGUAACAGUGACUAGCAAGUAUAAUAGCAAGUACACGGGCUGCUUCUGACCCAGGGAUUCCGAUUCCACAGAAACCAGUGGCACAACCUCAGGGUAAAGCUGCUUAAGACAAUUCAGGCUCCAAGAGAAGUAUCAUAAGUAGACUGAAUCCAAGUUGCAAGUGAUCUGAUUUUCCCAGAGCUAAAUAAGGAUAGAAGUGUUCUCAGAAAAUCACAUUUAUUGAAUUAGAACAUUUCUUUAAUGUUAAUCAUUUCUGGAGAUGUGAAAAUGCAUAUACAUCAGCAUUUUCACUUGAAUGAGAAGAUGAUGAAAUCAGGCCUUGUGAACAAGUGACCUUUCAGUUUGUGGUCAGACUGAAAAUGUUUUGUUUUGGGUGGAUGUGAAACUAGAAGUUAUAAGAAAAACUCCAAGCUGGAGGAAUAGGGUUUAAGUAGGCAGCUCGUGCUACGUGAACUAAAACAAUUACGUGAUUUCGGAUUUUGACCCUUCCAUUUUCCAGUAAAAGAGAUAUUUAAGCACUAUACAGAAAAAAAAUCAUUUUUCUUCCAAUGUUUAUUUUAUUUUUUAGUAUGAAGCAUGGUCAAAAUAUUUUUGUUCUUUGGAUUUUUGUUCUUCCCCAAUCUCUUUGAUCUCCAAAAAGCUAACACUAAAUAUAACCGAAAUCCAUAUAAUGGUUCACUUACUUACUGCUUCCUUUCGCCUUAAAAACUAAUAAGCAUUAACUCUCUCUAUAUAGAUAUCCAAGUAAAUUUAAAUCAAGCUACAGAGGAUUACAGCUCCAAUGUUACCAACAUACGCUUUACUUAGUCUUAAGCAUGUGCUUAAGAUGAGUGACAUUGUAAAAGUGAGCUCAGUUUUCCUAUCUGGUGUAUGGGAGGAGUAAAAUCAAAUUAAAAGUGAUGUAAAUGUUUUAACUGUGUUUACCGUGAACUACACUAUUAUAGGAGUAACCCCCUAAACAUAGGAGCACUCACAGACCAUCGUCAGCACAUGUAUGUUGGCAGGAUUAGGGUCUAGAGGUGGAAAGUUAAAAGUCAUGUUCCUUAGUAAAACAUGACCCAAAUAACAAACAGUAGGCUGCCGAGAUGAUUUUGGACAUCGCAGUUUAGCAGAUGUCAGCUUGAGUAGACCCCCAGAAGGAAGGGAUGCAACCAGUCUGUAUCAAAGUGCAGCACAGACCAAGUGGGAUGGAUUAAGGUGUUACUUGUGAUUUUCAAUACAGAUAAACCAUAUUUUGAAAGAUUGUCUUUUUGAACUCUGUAUAACUGACCACACUGUGCUCUGAGUUUAUUAAUCUCCUGGGUGGCCCAUCAUUUCAGAUGAGAAAUGAGGAAAAAAAUUCGUUCUUUAGAAGAAUCAGACAGCGUCAAGAAUUUUUGCCCAAAUCUGGGUAUUAAGCACCAGUAUAGCAUUUUGCUAUUGUAAUGUAUUUUCAUUAAGUGAUUGCAUAUUGUCUUAUGCUUCAGUACUGAUGUUCACUUUUACCAGUAGAACAGACUUAGUUUCUUGUUUCUAAGUUUUAUGAUAAUAAAAAUGCAAGUUAACUAAUGUGAGAGCUUCUGAUCCUGGUCCCCUUCCAAAGACACUAACCCAACUGCACACAUAAGGGUGAUCAGCUAAUACAGCCAAACACCCAUGCUGCUGUGUGUUAGUCAUUGUUAUUGCAGUCAGCAAUCCUGCACCCACGUUGAGUAAACUCAAACUCUUUUCUUUGCCCCAGGAGGUAAUAGGGCUUCCCUUUCGAAAGGCAAAACAAAAGCUGACCAGAUUUUCUUUUUCAUUCAUUUUUCCCCUUUGCAGUGUGGGAAACAGCUGGUUCCUUUUUUUUUUUUUCCUUGCCAUUUCUUAGUAUAUUUUGAAGAAAGCCCUGUGGAAAAACAAUGCUCAUCAGAAACUGCAUCACAGUCAUACUGUCAAUCCUGAGUCAGGGCCCAAAGCUGAGCACACAAGGGAGAUGGGAACCACAUUAUUCCAGCCAGCUUUUUAAAUCGUCACCCGAACAAAAAAAAAAAAGUUUGCCCUGACUAGAGCUAUACAUGAGAGCACCUUAGCAGCUUAGAAACUCAGCAUUUCCAAUUUCUCUGCUAUUGACUGUCAGAGGUAACACAGCUGGGAAGCAUUGGACAAGUGAGGGUUCAAGUCUUGAGUGAAGGCAACAGAGCUCUGGGCACCCUUGGUCCUGUUCUGCACUGAGCUUUGCUGUCCUUACACUCUCAGUGUAGUAGCAGUACCCAUUGGAUAUCUACUUCUCAUCCCAGAUGGUUUUAUCUUCAAUCCUCUGCUGCCAAGAGCACAAACUCUUCCUUUUCCACUAGAAAAAUUCAGAAACAUUGUCCCAGUAGGCAUAUUUCUUAUCUCCACAACUUGUCAUUUUCCUGGCUUGAACACAAAGUAGCAUUUCUAAGUUAAUUCAGAAGUGAUUUCUGAUUAAUGGCUACGUGCUCUGACUCAAGUAAGGUUUUCACUUGGAAACUCUGAUGGAGGAAGCAUGUUUACCUUGGCUUUCAUCCACUCACAUACCUGAGAUAUUUUGUUAGGCAGGUGGCAGCCAGGAGUUAAUUAGUAGGAAACAGGCUUUCCCCCAUAAGAAUUCCACAACAAAACGGUGCAUUUCUUUUGAAUUCAAUAGCUACCUCAGAUUUGAAGACUAUAAAAAGUGUUUUUUUCCUUUUUUAAGAAAAACUUCCCGCUUUAGCAUGAGCUAAGCAGAAUUCCCUCCGUUUAUUGUACUUACUCUGUUUAGAGUGAAAUGGCAGUAGCAUAGCAGUAAUAGCUUGAGUUACUAUCUUUGUGGUCUAAAUACACUGGCAUGUACCUUCUCUCCACAUGAAGAUUUUACUUCAUUUUCCCUACCUUUCUCAUCCAAAAGUUGGAUAUUCUUAAUGAAUUUUUAUGUUCUCUUUCUAGCAAGGGUAGAGAUUUCUAAAAGGCUACAUCCCCUGGAAUGGGUGGAGAUGAGACCUUCUUCUCUCCCAAAGCUGCAACAGAAUGUAUGAAAAGAAAUUUUUACUAGCUAAAUGCAAGUGAGAUUACAAUAGCAGCACUCAGCAAGGGACAGCUAUCCCCAGCCCCCACACAACACUGCACUCCCUUCCCAAGAAGGCUGGAUAAAGCUGCCCAGACAGUUACUGCCCGAGCAGAAUCUUCACAGGGUUUGGUGUUAACAACUACAUCCAUGGACAUGGGUAUUGAAGGGAGAAUCUUUCAUGUGAUGCAUUUGUUAUUCCAUUAAAUUUACCCUGGACAGUAGGGAAGUUUAGCUUCUUGAGGUGCCCAACCACAGCUAGAUCUGCUCACACCAGCUUUGUUCUUGCAUGAAGACCCCUUUUCCAGGCUGGGAAAAAGUUCAAAAGUCACUUAUAAUACACCCAGCUUUUGGGAGAGGCUUUGAGUUCACUCUGGCAGGGCUAGAAGACUGUCUCAGUUGGUGCUCCAUCCUGCAAGAUGCUUAGGAGACAAAGCGGGUGAAUGGAAGGAACACUCAUAGGAAGAGACUUUAUUUCAAGAGUCCCUGCUCAUCGACAGGCAGCUGAAUAAGGGCCCAUUUUCUCCAACACACUCAGCAGCUGUCAGACAUGUUCUCAAAGCUAAGAAUCCAUUGAUUCAGGUUUUUUGACACCUGGUGCCAAAGCUAGACAGGAAUCUCUUCAAAAGUGAAGCAACAAGCCAAGUUUAUCAAUAGCAGCAGUUCCAAAUUCAUUUUGCCUUAGAAGUAUUACUGCAAGUCCUUUGGAAUAGCAUGCAAGAGAGCGCCUCACAAGUUAGAGCCUAGUACCCAUAAACACCAGGUUACUGUAAAUAGUACGUCAUUAAGUUAUUUAAUAUUACAUUGUCUUAAAUUAUUAAAUACUAUAUUAUUAAGUGCCGUAAAUAGGAAGGUUUGGGUGGUUUUGCUGAAUUAUGAACUAAACUAGCUUCCAGAUGCUCUCAUUCUUGUAAAAAUCAAGCUAUGUUUUCAUUGAUUGUAGAGUUUUAUCAGAAUGCCAAAAAGGCACUGAAAAUGUUUACUGCAUAUUUAUUGGUACUGUAUAUAUAGAUGUCAGUUAUAUGUAAGAAAUUGUAAAAGACAAGGUAUAAAGUUGAGAUCUAUUAAACUUAACUAUUUACUUUAGCAGAUGGCUUUGAUGUCUUUUGACAAGCAAGUUUAUAAAUUUUUUUUUUAAAUACAUGCCUUAAAAUAAAAAAUAAAAGCACUUCUACUCA